UUGAAAAUACUAAAAUUGUUGACUGCGACCUUUGAAAAUAUUUCUGAAAACAAAGCCGACUGCACGUCAUAAUUUGAUCAUGUCUUUGGCAUUUGUUCCACGCGAUUCAAAAGGCCCGAGUAAAAGCCAGCCACCAAGCCAAGCUAGCAUCCAAAAGAUGCUGGAUGAGAACACUCAGCUGAUCCAGAACAUAUCGGACUACCAGAGCAGGGGCAAGGCUGCCGAGUGUGCACACUUCCAGCAAAUGUUACAUAGGAAUCUUGUGUACCUGGCCACUCUAGCUGACGCCAACCAGAAUGUUCAGUCCCUCCUGCCUGCUCCAGGUCCAAGCGGGAUGGCUCCUGGCAUGGGCGGGAUGGCACCUGGUAUGGGCGGGAUGGCGCCUGGUAUGGGGGGAGUGAGGAGCAGCGGAAUGCCUACACCCAACCCUGGCCCAAGUAUGGGAGGUCAGGGCCCUGUCCCAGGUGGGCAGAGUUAUGGACAACAGCAACAACAGCAGCCUCAACAACAACCAGGUGGUCAGGGGUACCCUAGUCAAGUUGUGCCCCCACAGCAAGGAGGUGGAAUGCCCCAGAACCCAGGAAUGAUGCCACAGGGUCAGAAUAUGCCGCACCCCUCUCAGCCAAUGAUGCCCCCUCAUGGGAACCAACCAACUGGCCCACAGACACAGGGCCCAAUGUCACAGGGCCAGUCUGCCCCACAGUCUAGCCAGCCUAGCAUGUCCUCUCAAGGUCAGCUUCCCAUUCCACAGAGCAGUCAAGGUCAACAUAUGAUGGGUCAGAAUCACCAAGGAAUGAUUUCUAGCCAGAUGGGUGGAUCUCAAAACCAGCCAAUGAUGAAUCAGUCAGUGAUGUCACAAAAUCAAACAAUGAUGUCACAAAGCCAGUCUCAUGUGUCACAGAGUCAAAUGUCAGCCUCUCAGAACCAACCCAUGAUGUCACAGAGCCAACCAAUGAUGUCUCACAAUCAGCAAUCAGCUUCUCAAAAUCAACCAAUGAUGUCACAAAAUCAGACAAUGAUGUCGCAGAGUCAGCCAAUGAUGUCGCAGAAUCAAGGGAUGAUGUCACAGAAUCAAGCAAUGAUGUCAUCUCAAAACCAACCUAUGAUGUCACAGGGUCCGCAGAUGAUGUCGCAGAAUCAACCAAUGAUGUCACAAAAUCAAUCAGUGAUGUCACAGAAUCAAAAUCAGCCGGUUAUGUCGCAAAAUCCACAGAUGAUGUCACAGAAUCCUCAGAUGAUGCCCCAGAAUCAGAUGGUGCCUCAAAGUCGGUCCAUGCCUCAGAAUCCACCGAACAUGCCAAAUUCCUCUGCCGGGGCACCGAUGCGGUCACCAGGUCCUGCCAUGUUUAAGAGACCACAAAUGCAGAGUGGACAGCAGUAUGUGGGUGGGGCCGGGUACGGGGGUCAAGGGGGCCAGUACCCUGGUUACCAAGGAUACGGUGGACAGCAGUAUGGGGGGUACCAGCAGCCCCGGUACCCAGCCUUCAACAGACCGCCAAUGCAGCAGGGAGGCAUGCAGGGUAAUGGUAUGAUGGGUGGGCCCAUGCCAGGUCCCCAGGGACAGAUGAUGAGCCCCAUGCAGGGUGGGGCCAUGAUGGGGGGUCAGAUGCAGCCUCCUGGAGGAGGCCAAGCCCAGGGGCCCAGCCAGGGAGGCCCUACCAGCUCAGCUAACUAAAUGUGCAUUUCAGCAAUAACUAUAGCUUACCGGGGAAUUAAGGCCAACCAGUUAUAUCACCGGAUGUGCGUAAGAGUUUUCGCUUCGAAAAAAGUGGAAAUUUCCUAUGCAGACAAUUGUGUUCAUAUUGAAAAUACAUACUUGCCGGAUUGGCAUAUUUGCUCAUGUAUUCCAUUACAUGAAAGACUAGAGGUUGUUGGUUGACUGGCAACAUGAUGUAGAGAGGAUACCAUCACAACCAUUGUUUCCUAUUACAUUUAUCACCGGCUUAAAAGCCUUUAUUCAUUAUUAAAACCUGUAUGUGAAAAGUCAGGUCUGAAAAAUAUGAAGUGAAACUUGAGCACUGCUUAGUUUAGCUUCAGCACAAAUUGCACACUUGACAAGCACAAAUUGUACACUUGACAAGCACAAAUUGUACACUUGACAAGCACAAAUUGCACACUUGACAAGCACAAAUUGUACACUUGACAAGCACAAAUUGUACA